UAUAUAAUAUAUUAUUAUAUAAUAUAUCAUAAGAUAUAUUACUAUGUACAUUUCAGAAUAUAUGGAGACACAUGAAAUAUACUGUCACGUAAUAUAUUGAAAAAUAUAUUUUUGUUGCGUAAGGGCCAUAAAAUUGUCUUGGUCGGAAAAAAAACACCAACAACUAUAACAUUCUGUGUAACAAGCUAGUAAUUUUAAAUUCAGCUUCAUUUAGGAGAAAAAAUGCUGUUUAAAUUGUGUGUGGUGGGGGCGGGUUUAACAGUCAGCACAGCAGCGACUGUGUGCUGUUAUACAUUUAUUUGAAGACCACAAAGGAGCUGCUUUCUUCCUCACUGUGCUGAUAUGUUUUUUUAAGUGUGGAGUUGAUCAGAUUCACAAAAUGUACAGAGGACUGCUAUUUAUGAUUGUCAUAUGGAGUGUGAGCGGGUUCAGCAUUCAAAUAACUGAUGAUCUAUUCUUUGGUCAAACCAUUAUUCAAUUGACAGAUGGAGUUUUUGUUCCUUCCCCCAAAAAUGGAGCACUUUUCAGAUGCAUCUUAAAGGAUGAAUGCGUUGAAGUGAAUUCUGAUGGUGAAAAACCUAAAGGCCUGAGACCGGUAGCAUCAGUAUCUAGCCUGACAUCAGAAGAGGAACAACAUGUUAUGAUGUGUAAUCAAGUUCGCAUAAAGAAGUCAGCAACUGAGGAUUUGAACGGAGAUUGUAAACCGAUGAAUCCCUCCGGAAGAGUUGGUAGAAAACUGAAUCCUUUGGCAUUAGUCAACAGCAACAACAACAACAAUCAUAAUCAAUGCAGAAGGAUUGAUGAAGUUAAACGGAGGAUGAGAAGAGAUGCCCAGCUGGAUGACACAGAGGAAGAUGAGGAUGAGGAUGAUGCUGGGACAGAGAUUGCUUUUGUGCUGGAUGGCUCUGGUAGUAUUGAACCUGAUGACUUUAAGAGAGCCAAAGAAUUCAUCUACAAUGUCAUGAAUAAUGUUUGGAAAACAUGUUUUGAUUGUAACUUUGCAAUAGUGCAAUAUGGUACUAAGAUCAGGACAGAGAUCUCACUACUAGACAAUGAAAAUGAGGCCAAAACCUUGCAAAAGGUAAAAGAAAUACAGCAAAUUUACAAUACCACGAAGACCGCCUCAGCCAUCCAUCAUGUCCUCACAGAUAUUUUCAUCCCUGAGAAUGGAUCAAAUAUAAACUCCAAAAAAUUUAUCAUUGUAUUGUCUGACGGAGACAUUUUGGGAGACGAGAUGAGUCUUACUGAUGUUUUGAACAUGCCACAAAUGAAAGGCAUCACUCGCUAUUCCAUAGGAGUUGGUGAUGGCAUUCUGGAAAAAGAUAAAGCAAUACGAGAGAUGAUGGAGAUAGCAGACCGUGGCAAAUUUUUCAAUGUUUCCAAUUAUGCUGCAUUAAAUGAUAUUCUGUCAUUACUGCAACAAAGUUUAAUUGGAAUUGAAGGCACUCAGCAAGGUGCAGGAUUUCGGUUCCAGCUGGCUGAAACUGGAUUCAGCUCCCAUAUCACGCAGGACAAUUCUUAUCUUUUUGGAGCCGUUGGAGCCUAUGACUGGAGUGGUGGAGUCUUUUUGCAAUCUGGUGACACGGUGCAAUUCUUGAAUGACUCUAAUAAUGGACCCAAAUUUUCCUAUUUAGGUUACAGUGUCACUUCUGCUAAAGUAAAACCCAGUAAAACACUCUACAUAUCUGGUGCACCACGGUAUAACUUGACUGGUGGGGUUUUUAUUUUUAAUGGCUCUACAAAGUAUGUGCUCCAAGGAGAUCAGGUUGGAUCUUACUUUGGAUCGGUUCUUUGUGCCUUGGACAUUGAUAGAGAUAAAUACACAGAUUAUCUUUUAGUUGGAGCACCACAUUUUCAUCGAAAUGGAGAAGAAGGCAAAGUGCUAGUGUACAAACUGAAUCAGCAGGACAGGUUUGAGAGUGUGUCCAGUGAGCUGAAGGGUGAUGAAGGUCAGACCUUCGCCAGGUUUGGUGCAGCCAUUGCCUCUAUAGGAGACAUUGAUGGGAACAAGUUCAAUGAUGUAGCAGUUGGCGCUCCUCUAGAAACAGAUUCCUCUGGAAGCAUUUACAUUUACAAUGGAUUCAAACAUGGACUUAUUUUUUCACAAAAAAUUUCACCCUCAGAUUUUGGAAUGAAACUUGUGCACUUUGGUCUGUCAGUAAGUGGUGCACCUGAUAAAGCAUCAAAUAAGGCCUUCAUCGCUGUUGGAAGUCAAGGGGGAGUGCUUAUUUUUGAGACUAUCCCUGUUAUUGUUAUCAAACCAGAAAUAACAAUCAUUCCAGAUGAAAUUCCUCUCAAUCAACAGAAGACUGAAAUAUCCAGCAAGUUUGACAUAAAGUACCAAAUAUGCUUUAAAGUGGUUAAUGAAAAUCUUAAAAUUGAUCUUCCUAUUAAGUACCAAAUUGCCUUGGAUUCUGGAGUAAACAAAAAGCGUCUCACUGUUGACAGCAGAGAUCUCUUAGAAAAAUCCUUAACCUUGAAACCAGAUGAAGAGUGUACAACUUUUAUCAACCUCAAAUAUUUGGGCUGUUUUGAUUGUUUUUUACCUAUUGAAUUUAAGAUGAAUUUUUCAUUGGAUCUACAUCAAAAUGAAACCCCUCCACGAAUUCUUGAUGCAUUUACUACAACAGAGGUUGUAAAGGAGAUUUCCUUUACAAAGGAUUGCAAUUCUUGUAAACCAAACAUUACAUUAUCUCAUUCAAAAAUUAGUGAAACUUUGAUCAUAAUCGGAGAAACUCAAAGCUUGAGUAUCAAUUUCAGUCUUAUAAACACUGGAGACCCUUCCUAUAAGACCACCCUGACUUUGACCUUCCCCAGCAUACUGAGACAAAAGAAAAUAGAAGGUGCCACCUGUCCUGUGAAGAAUGACAAUCAGAUACAGUGUAAUCUUCAACACCCUGUUUUCAAAAGAGAAGCACAGACCAACCUUUUCAUCUCAUGGCAGCUCAGUUACAUCAAAUCAGAUUUGAAGAAUGCUGAGAUUAUUGCUAAUCUAACCAGUCAGAAUAAUGGCUUGGAAAUUCUGGACUUUAAAAUAUAUUCAUUUGCUGUGAAGUAUUCCCUACCACUCCAGCUAACUGGCUCCGCCAAUCCAAGCAGACUUAGUAUUGAAGAAGGAGAAGAAGGAAAGACUCAGAAUAUGCAGUUUGUAUAUCAGUUUGCAGGUGGAAAUAAGUAUGGCGCUACAAUCAGUGUAGUUGUAACUAUAACAAAGGACACAUUCAAAACUGAUUUGGACAUCAUUAGUGUCACACCACGUGAGGAGUGUGUUUUUCCAGAAAAUACUAAAGUGGAGGGAUCCUAUGUCAUCAGCUGUAACAUGACUGCAGAAAAGCUGCAGAAAAUCAUUAUUAAUGCCACUGUUUUGAUACAUGAUGUUCAGGAGAAAUCAAACAAGAUCACUGCCGUAGGAACAUACAGCUUUGAUGAUACUGUCUGUGCUGCGAAGGAUGCUUCGAGGACCAUUCCGGUGGAGGUGAUAAUUACGAAGCUGCGUGUGAUGACAUCUAUAGGUCCCAUCAUUGGAGGAUCCAUAGGGGGGUUUCUGCUCCUUUUCAUCAUCAUUGCCAUUCUCAUUAAGUGUGGCUUUUUCCGUCGCCGCCGUAAAUUGGACCAAGCACAGAGUCCAAACUGAAGAAUGGGGCACAGCCCAGGAAGGACCAUAUAUUACCAUAUAUUUUGCUUAAGUUUGUGUCAAAAAUAUAUUGUUUGUAAGAUGAAAUUUAUAGUCUUUGUUUUAAUUGUGACCCUGUCCCUUAUGUAGCCCUGCCACAUUUCAGGCACCUCAAACGGACCCUCAAACAUUUGAGAAAUGCCUCCUUUUUGGUCCGCAGAGACCUAGGCUACUUGGAUUUAUCAUUGUUUUCUGACUUGGUAUUUUAUUUUCAGAUUUGUCUAUGUGUUGUCUGACUUGUUAUAUACAGUUUUCAGAAUUGUUGUUGCAUUUUCUGAAUUGUUAUUUAGUUUUUAAGAUUUGUAUUUGCGUUUGUAAUUUGUAAAUUGUGGUCUGUUUUACACUUCUCGGCUACCGUAUGAUUCUGCUAUAUAAAUGUACAUAUAUAUAGUCUAAACAUUAUUAUCCCUUAUGAAAAUUAAAAAAGGCUACUGUCAGAAAUUAUAUGAAUGACUCUUCAAAAUACAAACUUUUGUCAAAGUUGAAGAAAGUUUCCAGAGACUGAGACAGAAGAAAGCGCACCCUGUUUGUUUUCUUUAUUUUACAAAAGCACAUUUUUUUGUUGUUAUUGUGACUAUAUACAAAUAAAAGUUGAUCCUUUGCCGUUUCAAACAA